UAUCCCGUCAGAGGGAACCACAGAUAAUCUCGGGCAAACACCACGGGCAAUAAUCCUUUCCCGUAAAUAUAUACGUUAUUGUCAUCGAACUGAGGUCGAUCCAGUGAAACGAUGCAACGGCUUCCUAAAGCGUAAUGUGCAUCGCGACUAUAAAGGUUAUAUCGGUAGCGCACAAGUGUGAUUUGUGUGUCACAUCGGGGUGACCUAGUUUACAGAUAAAUUUUCGCCCCUAAUUUUCUUCGGCUAUGACCCUGCAGUGAGUGAGUGUUCUUGAAGUCGGUGGCCUCCGCGAGACAGUGACUGUGCUGUCUCGAAUGUGAGUUCAUGUCUGUUUAUAGAAUGCGGAAGAAAACAAAUAGUCCUCUUUGAUCUCGUUAAAAUGUGGAUUCCUGUGAAAUAUGAAUGUCUUCACCUCACCAACGAACGAAGCAAUUAGGUUAAGUUGACAAGGGGCACAAAUUCUUUCCAAGCACUAUACCAACAUGCUAUAGGCAAUUUAUACAUGUUCAAUGAAAACUCUGAUAGGCCAAGAUGAAAUAUGGUUGUUUAAGUUCUCACGUGGUGAUACUAAACGAACAUUAUAUGGCCCUAAUUGAUAAUUCUUUAGAAGCUGGGCAUUACGUACUUGUAUAUAUAGACAAUAUAUAAGUCAGUUUAUUUCUACAAAAUGCCACACGUUACCCGGAAGUGGGAACUUUUCCCGGGCAGAAACCGAUUUUGUUGUGAUGGCAGGGUGAUGAUGGCACCCCAAACCGGGGUCUUUUACGUGACUGUGUGUCUCAUUGCUGGAACUAGUGGUUUAUUCUUUGUAUUUGAUUGUCCCUUCUUAGCGGUUCACAUAACACCGGCUAUACCAGUUGUUGGAGGUUUAUUAUUUAUUUUUGUAAUGUCUGCUUUAUUAAGAACAAGUUUUAGUGAUCCUGGAGUUAUUCCAAGAGCAACUACUGAUGAAGCUGCCUACAUUGAAAAACAAAUUGAGGUACCAAACAAUGGUAACUCCAAAAUACAUAGACCUCCGCCUAGAACAAAAGAGGUAUUAGUCAAAGGACAGCCAGUAAAAUUGAAAUAUUGUUUCACUUGCAAAAUAUUCAGACCACCAAGAGCUUCGCAUUGUAGUUUGUGCGAUAAUUGUGUAGAGAGAUUCGAUCAUCAUUGUCCAUGGGUUGGUAACUGUGUGGGCAGAAGAAAUUAUAGAUACUUCUAUGCUUUUAUUGUCUCCUUGGCAUUUCUUUGCGUUUUUAUACUAGCUUGUGCUAUUACACAUUUAAUAAUGCUGACAAGAGAUGGGAGGCCAUUUUUAGAAGCUGUUAGGCUAUCUCCCGGAAGUGUUGUAGUAGGAGUCAUUUGCUUUUUCUCUGUUUGGAGUAUUUUGGGCCUCGCUGGUUUUCAUACACACUUAACUACCAGCAAUCAAACAACCAAUGAAGAUAUCAAAGGAUCAUUUUCCAUUAAAGUAGGACAAGGAAGUUCUAAUCCUUAUAGUCAAGGAAAUAUUUGUGGAAAUUGUUUUUAUGUAUUGUGUGGGCCUGCGCCACCUAGUUUAAUAGAUCGAAGAGGUAUUGUAACACCUGAAUACCGAGCAGAACAAGAAAGGGUUAGCGAUGAUAGCGUCAUUACUAACAGCAAGACAUAUAAUACUGUGGAGAUUGUACAACCACAGACCAAUGGUACAACUGUUCAGACAAAUCCCAGUACUGAACUCACAGGUUCCAUGAACAACCUUGUCACUGGUCAACAUUCACCGCAAAUAGAAUCGAUAAACGGUAGUACCACUAACAGCGUGAGCCAACUUGUUACCAAUGAAGUACCACUAGCAUCGCUUAAUAUUGCCCCAAUUGAUAUUGAUGAGAUCGCCCCGCUGCCUUCCCGACAGAGUGUUGUGGUUACUUCCACGUUGGACACGUCCUCUAUACCAUCGGUAACUGUAACAACACCCUUGUCUGCAUCUAAACUUAGAUUAUUACAAGACACGACCAUGAUAGAGUCCGCUUUAGACUUAGAUUCGUUGGAAGACGCCAGUGUGGGUAGAGGAAGUCAAGCAGGUCUUAUAAAAAUGGGGGCAGUAUAAUGAUUGAAUUUAUACCUUUUAACCAGAUAGAUUCCAUAGACUUUUAAAAGUCACUGACGCUUAUCAAAGGAAUAGUGCAGAUCAUAUCAGCAUUCGAAAUGAUUUUGAAUUAAAAUCAAACGUUCGUUCCAGGUUGAUGAAAUUGUCUAUAACGUUUUAAUUGUACAUAGGAUAAACCAUAUGAUGGAUUAUAAUUUGAUUACAAUUUUGAAUUACGUCCCAUCUAUAGAAAUGUUAUAACGCUCGUGAUUAUAUUCGUAGCUUCUCUUCUUCGGUGGAAUGUUAUUUAUUACAGAAUUGUACAUGUAUCUGUGAAAAUGCAUAGUACAGUUAGGUAUUUAAUACAUGAAACCAUUUUAUAAAUCUAAUUUGUAUGUUAUUAUAAACUUAUAUUGAUUAAGGGGAUGUAUUAUAUUGAAACAUUGUUUCUCUUAAUCUGCACUAUUCAUAUGAUACAUUUAGCAUUGUCGAUUCCAUUCCAAUCAUUCACGUCCUUUCUCCUUCAUUCUAAAACUAGGGAAUAAGAAUAUUCUAUUCGCAGUGUAGUAGAUAUGUAUAAAAAAAAAUGUGAAAAAUUUGAAGAUUUAUUAUAUUAUGAUAUACAUACUAAAUGAAAGAUACGUGGGUCAAGGAAGAUUUUACUACUUAAUCAUUUUAAUGUCAAUUUACGUAUAGAGUUUUUUAAUUUAUUAUACUUCAAUUUCUUAUUUUUGAACGUACCUUAUACGGGAAUAAGAAAAUUCUUUGCUAAUCAGAGUAAAAUUUGCACUUAACUAAAUCACUAUAUAAAACGAAAUUGUGAAUAAGCAUUAAUUUGUUGAUAGAGGAAAAGUAGCUAAUAUGUAUAUGUGUGCACAAAUUAAGGCAUUAAAAAACAUUUGUAUGCAUUUAAAUAGUAUAUCAAAACUACGAUGCAGAGGUAGAGGUAGAGUUCUAAAAGAAAAGUUGAAUUUUGCAAAUUUUAUUGUAAAUUAGCAUUGGAAAUACGUGAAGUAUUAUUUCAUUUAAUUUUUCAUACCGAUAACAAGAAAAUGGAUUAUGUUCUUUAUUAAAUUUGCUAUGUACAGUGUAAAGAGAAUUUUGUAAAUACAAAGUUUUUCAUAAAACUUAGUAAUAGUUUUUUCAAGUAUUUAAAGGAUUUGUUAAGGCGAUGCGGAUUGUACCAAGCAUUUUAAAACAUAGAAGUACCACUGCCUGGUUUAUCAGUAACUUGUGUAUUUAUAUUGCAUGGCACCAUUUGAUUCAGAGUAAUCAGGUCAUAGACAUUGUUUAUAGGAUUAAUUAUUGAAAAUGAAACGAAAGAACACUGCUAGUUGUUUUAUCUAUUAAGAGAUGCCAUUAUAUUGACUUUGGAAGUACUGUCUUUUUGUACAUAAUAUGCGUGUAUGAUACUAAAUGUAUAUAUUGUGUAGAUGUUAUUAUGAUAAGAUAAUAUACUACAAGUUAAAAAUAUCUUGACAUGUUAAGUCAUAUUAAAACCUAUUCAAAAAUACAUUAAGCAUAAAUCGAUCAUAAUGCAUGUAAUAUUUAGCAUAUUGAGAGAAACCGAGAUUAUGUGUUAUCUUUAAUAGAUAAAGGUAUUUUUAUUGAUACUCGUCUUACAAUCAUUGUAAUAACACCUGUACAAAAAUAUUUAAUUGCAACAGAAAAUAUUAAAAUUAAAGUUCUAACAUACUUCUGCUUUUCUUGAGCGAUGAUAAUGUCAAUGUAUACAUCGUAUAACGUGUAAUUUCUAAUAUAAUACUUUUACAUAAUAAUUUACAAACAGCGUGAUUCGAUGAUUUAUUAUUUUUGUCUGUUAAUAUUUUUCUCUUGUUUAAAUAGCAUCAUAACAAUAUAGAAAAUAUACACAUUUUAUACAGUAAUAUCAUUACAGUAAAAUAUAAAUUUUGAUUUUAUAUUAAUUUUAUGUUUCAAUAUAAUUUGUGUAUUACAAUAGCAAUUAUUAGAAUUAUAAUUGCAAUACUGAUACCUGUGAUGUAAAUUUUAUUUUGUUGAUUAUCACAUAAAUCUUUGCCGAAAUCUACGGGUUUCACAUCCACUUCACUUUGACUGUAGAACUCCAUAGGAUCUGCGCGGCAAAUUUGUAAUAUCUUUCAUGAUUACAGUGUACAUUUAAUUUAUAAUACAUUUACGUUUAAAUGCUUACCAACUUGGAGUUCUAUAUCUUUUUGAACAGUGUUUUCUUGAACUUCUAAAUCUAAAAGCUCUUGUAGCGAUACAAGUGCUUCUUGCGGACCUUCACCGGGGAAGAGGUAGUCUGAUAAUGUUACUUUGCUUUCUGGUAAUUCUAUCAGCACUCUUCUUGGAGGUUCGUGCAAUGUUAUAUUUUCUGUAGAAAAAGGAGCAAUCGCACAAUUUUAUGACAUGCUUAAUUAGUUCAAAAUUUUAUAUUACAAGAAGAAUAUGAACCUUCUGGAGAACCAUUUUCUUCGUCGAUUAAACUAUCCCAAUGCAUUUCAAGUCUACUCGCCAGUGAUCUUAUUAUAUCCUCUUUCACUGCUGCAUUAGCUUCUUCAACAUUUGCUUUUUGAUGAACAAAUGUUCUACUUACUAACUGCCCAACCAGACGUAUCGACGCGUUGCAAGCAGUUACCCUCACAUUCGAACUAGUAUCGUUAACUUGCUAUUAAUCCACAAAAUAAACUGUGUUACAUCUAUUUAACGAGCGACAACAUAAUUUUAAUAUAUUUCAGUAAGAAGUUAUUUCUUUUCAAAAAGAUGUGUAAUAAUAUUGCUCAAAAUCAGAAAUUAUAUCCUGAUGGUAUUUUAUAGCAGAUACAAAUACUUACACAUGGAAUGUAUAAGCUAAUGUGAAUUGGUUUGUCAUUAGCAUUUUUAUCAUUAUUCUUACAUCCUUUUUCUUCUUUUUUGUUUUUAGUAAUUAUGUCUAAUGUAUCAUUUGGGGAUUUUACUUCUCCUUCAAUAGCAAUCAAAGAAGAUUCAAUGGUGUCUGACAUACUUUUCAAAAUAUCCUAUAAAUUUGUUGUAUACAUUUUUAGUUCUGUUUAUAUACUGUUAAAAUAAUAUACUUUAUAUGUAAUACCUGUAAUUGUUUUUUAAGAGUUUCAGGAUCUUUAUUUGCAGCAAUAAGAAAUAAACGGUCGAAAUCUAUAACAGCCUCUAAUUGAUGCCAUUUUGUAGAUUUUCCUUGAAACUUCCACUCUGCUGGUUUUAUCAUUCCAGUCUUACUGAUUUCUACAGAUUUACAUAUAUAUCUGAAAAUAUCAGAUAUAUGCCAGUAACAACAUAAUAAUUAUAAUUCAUUACAUAUAUAUAUACAUACUUCUGUGUUAUGCUAUUUAAGUUUAAAAUAAGAUGCUCUUCAUUAUUAUUUCCACAAAGAUAUUUGUUUUGGGAUAAGUUUUUAUGUAUAGCCAUUAAAAUAGAUCUAAGCUUUUGUACAUUUAUAUUAUCAUUAAUAACAUCAUUAGGACCCACAAUAAAUGCUCCAAGAACUUGCAUUCCACCAGGUAACAUCCUGGUAACCUUUAAAAAAUUACAACAUAUUAUUUUAUAUUAUCAUCUUUGCUAAUAACAGUAAUUUACACAGAAUUAUCAUAAAAAUAUGAGUGAUAAAACCAUACAUGUUUAGCAUGAUCAGCAACCCAACUCUCAGGUA